AUGGCUCAAUCUUCUAAAAAAUCUGAAGACCAUUCGACUACAAAAUAUUGUUGUGUUACUUGUGGUACUGCCACUGAUGAACUUUCACACCAUUAUAAAGAAGGUGUUAUAAAAAUUAUUCAUUGUAAACAAUGCCAGAAUCCUGUUGAUCCUUAUAUUGAACUAGAUGAUUUACUUGUAUUUAUUGAUUUUGUAUUACUUAAACUACGAGCACAUCGACAUGUCCUAUUUAAUAUUGAUAAAAUCAAAUAUAACCACAUUAUCAAAUUAUGUUUUGCAUUUAUUCUGGCUAAUGCUUAUAUUAAGUGGUUCCAUCUAAAAAAUGAUCAAUAUCAAUCGAUCAUUAAUCAUGAUCACAAUAUUUUCUUUGCGCUUGAAUAUGGUUUUUAUGUGAAACUGAUAGAAUCAUUUCUUGAAUAUGCAGUACGAUUUGGUUUUAUAUUAAUUAUAUCAAUGCUUGAAUAUAGACAAGAUUGGACGAAAGAAAAAUCAAUUCUUCUCUUUCGUGCACUUGUUCUUUCAAGUAUUGGCCAAUUAUUUAUCUUGCCAUUGCUCAUAUGGAGUCCAGAUCAUCGUGAUUAUUACGAUAUUCUAAUUUCUUAUAUAUUUACAACUCUUUGCCAUGCACAAGUACUUAAUGCAUCUCGAUUAUUAUCACCAUUGAUCUCGUUUCUGUCAUCAACAACAGCUAUACUGUUAUCAAAAUUUUUUGUUUUAUUUUUUCCAACAAAUUAUUUUUUAACAAAUGUCUAA